AUGACAGAGAAGGAAGAGGUUUACGACCUGGAAUCCAAGCACCAUGCCGAGACAAAGGGUGGCAGCGCUAGUGUCGCAUCCACGCUUACCGCUCCCGAUUCCCCAGAUGCGAAACUGCGUGCCCUGGGUGAGAAGAACGCCUACUACGACCAUGGCCUAACGUGGACUGCCGAGGAAGAGAAGAGACUCGUUCGAAUAUUCGACUUGAGAGUGCUCUCUUGGAUUGGUGUGAUGUUCUUCUUCCUUCAAUUGGACCGUGGAAACAUGUCCAAUGCCUUGACAGACAACUUGAUGUUCGAUCUGAACAUCGACCUCAACACCAUUACCCUUGGGACCACAGUCUUCAUCCUCUUUUUCUGCAUCUUCGAGAUUCCCUCCAACAUGGUCAUUCGCCGCAUCGGCCCCCACCGCUGGAUUCCGUUCCUUAUGUUCUUCUGGGGCCUCGCCACAGCCUCUCAAGUCUUCCUCCAGGACAGGGUCUCGUUCUUGAUUUGCCGCGCUCUCGUCGGACUUUUUGAGGCCGGAUACAUCCCUGGCAUUGCCAUCUACUUGACUACUUACUACAAGCGCGAGGAGAUGGCUCUACGACUGUCCGUCUUUUGGUCCACUCUCUCGAUUGCUAACUCUUGUGCCGGUGUACUAUCAUAUUUCGUCCUCCAGAUGCGAGGCAUUGCUGGAUUGGCCGGCUGGAAAUGGCUCUUCCUGAUCGAGGGACUUGCCACUACGGUCGUCGGAGCGUUGUCCUUCUUCAUCUUGCCUGAGGGCCCCACGGCCACGAAGGGCUACCUUCGCUUCUCCGGAUAUCUGACCGAGCGCCAGGAACUCAUUGCAGUGACACGACUGAUUCGAGAUGACCCCUCUAAGGCUGAUUCUGCCGCGAAAGUUGUCCCCAAGGAGGACGUAUGGCGUGCAGUGACUUCGCCCAAGGUCUGGCCUAAUAUCCUGAUCGGGUUCUUUGGCCUGUUACCCUCAACUCCCAUUAGCGGAUUCGCGCCCCUGAUCCUUAAGAUGCUGGGGUUCAAUGCCUUGAGGUCCAACUUGAUGAUUAUCCCUGGCUACCUCCUCAGCUUGAUCAUUAUGUCCACGGUCUCGUACUCGUCCGAUCGAUUCAAUGAGCGUGCGUUCCAUGGUGCAGCAGCGACAUUGUACUACGCGGUCUGUGUCGCGGCCUUGGCACUCUUGCCAAUCGGCGCAAGCAAGUACAGUCUGUACAUUUGCCUGAUCUUUACCAUGGGGGCCCAAACCUGCUGGCAUCCUGUUAACGCUGCAUGGAUCGCCGGUAACACCGCGCCAGUAGGGAAGCGCACGAUCGCUCUGGCCAUGUAUAUUAUUUCUGUCAACAUCACUGCCAUCGCAGGCACCAACAUCUUUCGUGCGAAGGAUGCCCCUCGCUUCAUCACAGGAAUGUGGGUCUUAUUUGGUUCCCUUGCUAUCACCAUCUCCCUGUUCAUCUUUCAAAGAUUCCAUCUCAAGCGCAUCAACGCGAAACGUGCCCAGACCACCAAGAACUGGACUGCAGAGGACUGGAAGCAUUAUGACGAGACAACCAAGGACGUGGGCGAUGAUCGGUUGGAUUUUGUCUACACAUACUAA